AAAUAGCAUUGCUCUUCCAUUUGUAGGGUUUUAAUAGUGUUUUGCAAUGGCUCUCUUUUUCUUUUUGCAGAAGCCGAAACCGUGUCUCUGGUUUCAGAGAGACAGCGAGAAUAGAUGCAGAAGCUUAUAAAAAGAGAAUUUUUUGCAUAGGGAGAGAGGGAGGGUUUUCAUACAAAAUCUGAAGACCUCUCGACCCAAUUUCAGUGACCUCUUACAUGGCUGAUACUUUGAUCACUGCAUCAGAAUCCAAUACACAGCCAGAUGGAUUUUUGGAUUCUCCGUCCUCAAACGGAUCUCUGUUCCAUAGACGAAUUGAGUUCCAUCGAGCUAGGAACCCAUUCACUGGGUUUAGUAAUGGCGGCGGAGAUUUUCGGUUGGAGAGUCUGAACCCAAGCUCCGAACCCCAGAGACCUGGGCAAAACCAGGGUGGUGAUCCAUCGGCCUUGGCAGGGAAGAAAUCAGAUGGGUUUGAGUUUUCUGAAACUGGGUUGGAUCCCGAACUCAGUUUCCGGAUUACUUUCAGGAGAAUUGGUGCUGGUUUGGAAAAUCUUGGCAAUACUUGUUUUCUCAAUUCAGUACUACAAUGUCUUACUUACACAGAACCUUUAGCUGCAUAUCUACAAAGCGGGAAGCAUCAAAUUUCUUGUCGCGCUGCUGGGUUUUGUGCCUUAUGUGCCAUCCAGAAACAUGUUAGCCGUGCUCUACAAGCAACUGGGAGAAUCCUAGCACCUAAGGACCUUGUUUCCAACUUGCGGUGCAUAUCCCGGAACUUCCGAAAUGCUAGACAAGAGGAUGCUCAUGAGUAUAUGGUAAAUUUGCUGGAGUCGAUGCACAAAUGUUCCUUGCCUUCAGGAGUGCCAAGCGAAUCACCAGGUGCUUACAAGAAAAGUCUGGUGCACAAGAUCUUUGGUGGUAGACUCUGUAGUCAGGUGAAAUGCAUGCAAUGUUCCUUCUGCUCCAACAAGUUCGAUCCAUUUUUAGAUUUAAGCCUUGAAAUUGCCAAGGUGGAUUCAUUGUAUAAGGCACUUGCGCACUUCACCGCCAAAGAACAGUUAGACGGAGGGGAGAGGCAGUACCAGUGCCAGAAGUGCAAGCAGAAAGUGAAGGCAAUCAAACAGCUUACAGUUUACGAGGCACCUUAUGUUCUUGCUAUCCACCUAAAGCGGUUUGGUUCAUAUGUACCUGGACAGAAGAUCGACAAAAAAGUUGAGUUUGGUCCCACAUUUGACCUAAAACCUUUUGUCACUGGUCCUUAUGAUGGAGAUCUUAAGUACACUCUUUAUGGUGUUUUGGUUCAUGCUGGUUGGAGUACCCAUUCUGGUCACUAUUACUGCUUUGUUCGUACAUCAAGUGGCAUGUGGUACUACCUUGAUGACAAUAAGGUUGUCCAAGUUAAUGAGAGGAAGGUUUUGGAGCAGAAGGCCUACAUGUUGUUCUAUUUCCGAGAUAGGAAAAUUUUUGCUCCAAAGAAGCCUUUCAAUAUUGUCAAAAAAGAUAACUUGCCCAUGAAUGCGAUGGGAAAUAAAGCACAUUCAAGUUCGAGCAAGAAUUUGAAGGAAAUGAUUCAUAACAUUCCAAUUGAGAAAAAGUUAAACGGUGCAGUUUCUUCUGCUGCCGUAGACCAAAGGGGUGCACUAAAUGCAUGUGCAGCAAAAGUGACCAUGGAGAAAGAAGCAUCUGCUCAAAAAAUUAAUGGCCCGAUGAUGGCAGAAUGCAACAAGGACACUUCAUUAGAAUCUUCAACUAAACUUGAUAAAGCGAUGAUCACAACAGCUGCUGGUGAAGUUAGUGACAGCAAUCAUGAAACAAGCACAAAGAAAGAUCUGAAUAAUUCUGUUGCCUCACCACCCAACUACAGUGGCCACCAUAACCCUUAUACAAAGAGAGAUUUGACGGACGCAGUUGCCAUGCCUCCCAACAGCAAUGAAGACAGAAGUACCAAGAAAGAUCUAAGUGGCUCGGUUGCUAUACCAAGUAACUGCAAUGGCACAUAUUUAUCUGCUGGAGAUAUCUGUAUCACAGAUGAGACCCAGUGUCAGAAGAGUGAUAAUAAUGCUUCAUUGCGGGAUCCUAGUAAGAAAAUUUUCCGUGUGAGGUCACUAAAUUUGACAGGCAAUGAAGAUAGUCAAACUGGAGGUUUUCCCAAGCAGAGUGCCGUCAGCGGUCCCCGAAGUGAAAAGGAUGGUGAUAUUGUUCAGAGAAUGGGGGAUACUGGAGCUGUAGAAUUGUCAAGCUUACCAACCACAACAGCUAUCUUGUUACUCAGGAAAGCUGCUGACAGCAAGCCCCCCAAAAAAAUAAAAAAGAAGCUCCUCAAGUGCCAGAUUAAGAGCGUGCAUCUUGGCUCAAACAUCCUUUUUGGUGCAUCCUUGAGCCUACGGAAGAAAAACAGCUAUAAACGAAGCAAACAGCGUCAUUUAAAGGUCAAGAAUCUCUCUCAGAAUUACUUUUUGGAUGCAAAUUGUUUCCCAGCAGAUCUUGGCCCAUCUACGUCUGAGAAAGCCAGGACAAUAUGCCGUGCUGGCUCAACUCCCCCUCGAAGAAAAAAGAUGAAGUCCAGAUCAAAUAUGAGAGAUGAUGGUGCUGUUGUAAAGAAUGAUGCAAACUGUUAUGGUGAUAUAUCAAUGAAUCUCGUUGAUGAAGAAUUUAGAAAGAGAGUUGGUCAUUGUGGCAAUAUGCUUGCAACUGAUGAGCAACCUAAAAAAUAUUCAAGCUCUGCUUCAGUUGGAAUCCAGUGGGACGCCAGAGGAACUAAUGGAUCAAACAACAGCAGAAGAGAUAAUGUUUUUACGAGUAUGCUUACCAGAGGAGUAGAGGAGACAGUUGUUACCUGUUGGGAUGGGAUUGAAUUGCCUCCACGUCAGAUUACAGGAUCAAGUAAUCCCAAGAGUGUCAGUAUUGGUUACGUUGCAGAUGAAUGGGAUGAAGAGUAUGACCGUGGAAAGAGGAAGAAGAUAAGGAGCUCCAAGGAUGACUUUGCUGGGCCAAAUCUAUUCCAAGAAAUUGCAACUAAGAAGGCAAAAUUAAAUAAAGCAAAGAUGGAUCGGUCGAGCUCUGGAAACAGACCAUUCAGGAUAUGAUAGGAAAUUCACGGAGACAGCCAGGAUUGUUGGCCUAGUGUUAUAGUAGUAUUUUUGUAGCAAUCGUUAUUGUCGUGCUGAGCUGAGCUGAGAUUGUAUCAAGGGUUUGCUUUAGAAGCAAUCAGACUUUGAGGAUUUUUCUUUUUCAAUAUAUUUUCUUGGUUUUAUUUAUUUGGGGAUCAUUGAUUUUGUUCGAAAACUGUAUAAGUUGUGAGAGCUUUGUUGUUUGAUUAAUGUAUUGUGCUUUGCUUUAAGAUGAUAUGAGAUUUGUUUUUUUA